UCUCCCUCCCUCCCUGCUGGCCCUCCUCCCCUUCCCUCCCCUCCGCCCCCUUCCCUGUAGGCAGCCGGCCCGCCAGCCCGCGCGUCCGUACUGCCUGCCUCCCGGCCCCUGGCGCUCCGGCUGGGUCUCUCCCCCGCCCCCAGGCUCCCCCGGUCGCUCUCCUCAGGCGGUCGCCGGCGCUCGGUGGAUGUGGCUGGCAGCCGCCGCCCCCUCCCUCGCUCGCCGCCUGCUCUUCCUCGGCCCUCCGCCUCCUCCCCUCCUCCUUCUCCUCCUCAGCCGCUCCUCUCGCCGCCGCCGCCGCCUCCACAGCCUGGGCCUCGCCGCGAUGCCGGAGAAGAGGCCCUUCGAGCGGCUGCCUGCCGACGUCUGCCCCAUCAAUUACAGCCUUUGCCUCAAGCCCGAUUUGCUGGACUUCACCUUCGAGGGCAAGCUGGAGGCCUCCGCCCAGGUGAGGCAGGCAACCAAUCAGAUUGUGAUGAAUUGUGCUGAUAUUGACAUUAUUACAGCUUCAUAUGUACCAGAAGGAGAUGAAGAAAUACAUGCUACAGGAUUUAACUAUCAGAAUGAAGAUGAAAAAGUCACCUUGUCUUUUCCUAGUACUCUCCAACCAGGUACAGGAACUUUAAAGAUAGAUUUUGUUGGAGAGCUGAAUGAUAAAAUGAAAGGUUUCUAUAGAAGUAAAUAUACUACCCCUUCUGGAGAGGUGCGCUAUGCUGCUGUCACACAGUUUGAGGCUACUGAUGCCCGGAGAGCUUUUCCUUGCUGGGAUGAGCCUGCCAUCAAAGCAACUUUUGAUAUCUCAUUGGUUGUUCCUAAAGACAGAGUAGCUUUAUCAAACAUGAAUGUAAUUGAUCGGAAACCAUAUCCUGAUGAUGAAAAUGUAGUGGAAGUGAAGUUUGCUCGCACACCUGUCAUGUCUACAUAUCUGGUGGCAUUUGUUGUGGGUGAAUAUGACUUUGUAGAAACAAGGUCAAAAGAUGGUGUGUGUGUCCGUGUUUACACCCCUGUUGGCAAAGCAGAGCAAGGAAAAUUUGCGUUAGAGGUUGCUGCUAAAACUCUGCCUUUUUAUAAGGACUACUUCAAUGUUCCUUAUCCUCUACCUAAAAUUGAUCUCAUUGCUAUUGCAGACUUUGCAGCUGGUGCCAUGGAGAACUGGGGCCUUGUUACUUAUAGGGAGACUGCAUUGCUUAUUGAUCCAAAAAACUCCUGUUCUUCAUCACGCCAGUGGGUUGCCCUGGUUGUGGGACAUGAACUCGCCCAUCAAUGGUUUGGAAAUCUUGUUACUAUGGAAUGGUGGACUCAUCUUUGGUUAAAUGAAGGCUUUGCAUCAUGGAUUGAAUAUCUGUGUGUAGACCACUGCUUCCCAGAGUAUGAUAUCUGGACUCAGUUUGUUUCUGCUGAUUACACACGUGCCCAGGAGCUUGAUGCCUUAGAUAACAGCCAUCCUAUUGAAGUCAGUGUGGGCCAUCCUUCUGAAGUUGAUGAGAUAUUUGACGCUAUAUCAUAUAGCAAAGGUGCAUCUGUCAUCCGAAUGCUACAUGACUACAUUGGGGAUAAGGACUUUAAGAAAGGAAUGAACAUGUAUUUAACCAAGUUUCAACAAAAGAAUGCUGCCACAGAGGAUCUCUGGGAAAGUUUAGAAAAUGCCAGUGGUAAACCUAUAGCCGCUGUGAUGAAUACCUGGACCAAACAAAUGGGAUUCCCUCUCAUUUAUGUGGAAGCGGAACAGAUAGAAGAUGACAGACUACUGAGGUUGUCCCAAAGGAAGUUCUGUGCCAGUGGACCAUAUGUUGGAGAAGACUGUCCCCAGUGGAUGGUUCCUAUCACAAUCUCUACUAGUGAAGAUUCCAGCCAUGCCAAAAUGAAGAUUCUCAUGGACAAGCCAGAGAUGAAUGUAGUUUUAAAAGAUGUCAAACCAGACCAAUGGGUGAAGUUAAACCUGGGAACAGUUGGGUUUUAUCGGACCCAAUACAGCUCAGCCAUGCUGGAAAGUUUAUUACCAGGCAUUCGUGACCUUUCUCUGCCCCCUGUGGAUCGACUUGGAUUACAGAAUGACCUCUUCUCCUUGGCUCGAGCUGGAAUCAUUAGCACUGUAGAGGUUCUAAAAGUCAUGGAGGCUUUUGUGAAUGAGCCCAAUUAUACUGUAUGGAGCGACCUGAGCUGUAACCUGGGGAUUCUCUCAACUCUCUUGUCCCACACAGACUUCUAUGAGGAAAUCCAGGAGUUUGUGAAAGAUGUCUUUUCACCUAUAGGGGAGAGACUGGGCUGGGACCCCAAGCCUGGAGAAGGUCAUCUCGAUGCACUCCUGAGGGGCUUGGUUCUGGGAAAACUAGGGAAGGCAGGACAUAAGGCAACGUUAGAAGAAGCCCGUCGUCGGUUUAAGGACCAUGUGGAAGGGAAACAGAUUCUCUCCGCUGAUUUGAGGAGUCCGGUCUAUCUGACUGUUUUGAAGCAUGGUGAUGGCACUACCUUAGACAUUAUGCUGAAGCUUCACAAACAAGCAGAUAUGCAGGAAGAGAAAAACCGGAUUGAAAGAGUCCUUGGGGCUACUCUUUCACCUGAAUUGAUUCAAAAAGUCCUCACGUUUGCACUUUCAGAAGAGGUACGUCCACAGGACACUGUAUCAGUAAUUGGUGGAGUGGCUGGAGGCAGUAAGCAUGGAAGGAAGGCUGCUUGGAAAUUCAUAAAAGACAACUGGGAAGAACUUUAUAAUCGAUACCAGGGAGGAUUCUUAAUAUCUAGACUAAUAAAGCUAUCAGUUGAGGGAUUUGCAGUUGAUAAAAUGGCUGGAGAAGUUAAGGCUUUCUUCGAGAGUCACCCAGCUCCUUCAGCUGAGCGUACCAUCCAGCAGUGUUGUGAAAAUAUCCUGCUGAAUGCUGCUUGGCUAAAGCGUGAUGCUGAGAGCAUCCACCAGUACCUCCUUCAGCGAAAGGCCUCACCACCCACAGCAUGAACCCGGAGCAUGCCGCCACUGCGGUUCUGCUGCUUCAUGCAGGGAUAAGGUGGAGCGACCGAACAGCUGAUUCAUAUGCCAAGAAUUUGGAGUCUUCUUUCAAGCCAGUGGGGGUUGGACAUUGAAUGUAGUUAACUGGUUCCUGCUCACACUCCAGAAUUAAAUUCUAUUGAAAAAGGAAAAUCAGCAAUUCAGCAAAAAAAAUAAAAAAUAAAAAAAUGUAAAUAUGAUAGUAAUAAAAUAGAGCAUAACGAAACUGUGAAACUUCCUGAAGCCUUGUCAGUGGUUAAAAGUAUUUAACACUCUCCUGUUAAUGACAGAUGUUCUGUUUUUAUAACCUACCAAAAGGAAACUAGAGGCUUCUGGGUAAAGAGGAUUUUUGUGAAAUGGGUUCUACAAGCAGCCUACAGACGAAGGGUAGUGCCCAUUGCUGGGGAUGUUAAACAUGAAAGGCUGAUAGCUGGUAUAACAUAGAGUCUGUGCAUAAUUUCAAGUGGGUUUUUUUUUUUUUUUUUUUUUUUGGCAUGGGGACUGAUCAGGAAGAUAUAUUUUCCUGCAUAACUCAAUCUGAACCAAGGAUUGUAGUUUUCCUCCUUGCUUUCCCUUCUGUGUGACCCCUUGGCAAAAAAAAAAAAAAAAAAAAAGUUUAAAAAAAAAACCUAUCCUGGUCUGGGUUUUUUCCUCCCCUAGUUCCAUCCCCAACCCACCACCCCGGUGUCCUUCUUAGAGAUAAAGAAAUAAUAAGGAAACAUCUUUUAUAGCCACAUUAAAUAAGAGAAACUGAUAUACAUUAUUUUUUUCUUUCUUUUUUAAGAUGACUUUUAAGAACCCUGAAAUGCAUAUAGGUGAGACAAUAGAAAUGAAAGGUUUUCAUCCAGGCCUUUCUGAAGGAGCUACUCUGCUGAAAAUGGUCUUAGUUGUCUGACAGGCCAACUGUUGAAUCUCUUUAUGACAGUAUCAACACUGGCUUCUUCUGGUUCAUUUUGGGCAUGUGAGAAGUCAUUGGUAACUGCUGCAGGGCCUAUAUAUUAGUGGUAACUGGUUCUAAAAACAACAAAGACUAUAAGCCUGUGUGUGCCACUCUGCUUCCACAGUGUAUCCUACUAACGAGCCUCACCAACCUAAUCCAGUACAUUUUAAGUCUAAAUCUCAUUCCUUUCCUCUUUCCCUACCUUUUUUCUUUUCUUUUUCUUAAAAAAAAAUAUUUUUGUGUGUUAUUAACAGGAAUUCAUAUUUGGUGUGGCUUAACUGUAUUUCAGAAGGUCAUCAGAUUGUGAGACUGCUUCCUUGAAACAUUUUUGUGCUAUUGUUUUAAAAAAAAUAAUUAAAAAACAGUUGGCGUUAAUAAAAAUGUCAAUGUGAAA